AUGGUCAGCUACGUUCCACCACACCAACGGGGAAAUCUGCACCCUGGAAAUCAACAACACAAUCAGCUGCAAUAUCAGCAAGAGCAUUAUGGGCAAUAUGACUACCUGCAGCCCAACUACACUGGGGGACCGCCGAAUCAAAGAUACAAUCUACACCCCAACGAUGGCCAAGGAGAUAUGAUAGUACCGCAACAUCCUAACAAUGCGAUGCGGGAAAUCCAAGAGGCUCAGAAGAAGCAGCGGGCGGCAUUGGAGAUGCUGACAAAGCAACUUUCUCAAGUUGCGAUGUCACUGGCCGAGCUGAGGGGAAAUGAAGGAAGGAUUCCAACCACUGUGCUACCACCUGGUCGUGAAAACAUUAGCGAAGUAACCAUGAGAUCAGGAAAAGCCUACCAGGGCCAUACUCCACCUGUGGAAUCUCCAGCAUCUACGUCUGGACCGAGCCAUGAAGAAGAAGGAGAAUCCAGUGGAGCAGAGCAAGCAAAAGGAAGUGAAAAGAGCAAGGCAAAAGUGGGAGGUGAAUCCUCAGAGGAAAGUCAGAGAGAGGAAGCUGAGAAAGUUAAGCCAUAUCCGUACCGUGGAAUGGUGACAAGAAAGAGGGAUGCCACAAUCGAUGUGGCAAGUAUGUUCAAGGACGUGGAGAUGAAGGUGCCGCUCUUCACGGCGUUAAAGAUGCCCCCGAUUAGCAAAUUUAUUAAAGACUACCUGGCAGGGAAGGUUAAUGAGGAGGGUAGAAUGAUUGCAGAUGAGAAUAUCUCUACCGUGAUCCAGCGGAGUGAUCUUCCUUCAAAGAAGAACAACCCAGGGAUGUUCACUCUCCCGAUUUCAAUCGGAGAUAUUCAAGUAGAGCACGCGAUGUGCGAUCUCGGGGCAUCCAUCAAUGUGCUGCCAUAUACUAUCUAUGAGAAGCUGGGAGCGGCCAAGCUCGUUGACACUAACAUAAUGAUCCAGUUGGCCGACAGAUCGUGUAUUCACCCUGAAGGAAUUCUGGAAGACGUUAUUGUGAAGGUGAAUAACUUUCUGUACCCAGCCGAUUUUUUCGUAAUCAAGAUGACGGAGCCAGCAGCAAGGGAGUCGAGUGGAGUCCUACUGGGACGGUCGUUCCUGUCUACGGCCAGCACCAUUAUAGACGUCCUACAUGAAUUUUUGGAGGAAGAAUUCCUAAAGAGGCAGUUCACUGACUCCGCUGUAGACGAGGAGGUCGACAAAGAAGUAGAAGAGUGGUAUGAUGCCAUGAAGGUCGGAGAGAUGGACGACCAGGCCAUUGCGAAAGCAAUAACGGAAUUCUGUGAGCGCCCGAAGCCAGCUGGGUCAAGUGGGACAGGUCAAGUAUCUAGCCUAGCGAAGCGGCUUGAUCAAGGCAAGCCACUGGAAAAAGAAGCGGCAGAAAAUCCUCUGCCUACUGAAUAG